CGAAGAUCCACAUGGGGUUUACUUUAAGAAGCAUCUUCAUAGGAUACAUGAUAUCUUAUGGGUUGGAGAAGAUGGAAUGAAGUUGCAGACUUAUGGUAGCCAGGUUUGGGAUGCUAGCUUUGCCAUCCAAGCUUUGCUCGCUACUAAUCUCAGUGAUGAAAUUGGACCUACCCUUAUGAAAGGACACGACUUUCUAAAGAAAUCCUAGGUCAAGGAUAAUCCUCCUGGCGACUUUAGAAGGAUGUUUCGUCACAUUACUAAAGGGGGAUGGCCCUUCUCUGACCAAGAUCAUGGAUGGACUGUUUCUGAUUGCACUGCAGAAGCUUUAAAGUGUAUACUGUUGCUCUCUAUGCUGCCACCAGAAAUUGUCGGUGAGAAAAUGGAACCUGAAAGGUUAUAUGAUGUAGUCAAUUUCAUACUUUCUCUGCAGAGUAAAAAUGGUGGUCUACCAGGCUGGGAGCCAGCAGCCGGCUCGUCAUGGUUGGAGCUGGUUAAUCCUGUAGAAUUUCUUGAGGACACUAUGGUUGAGCAUGAGUAUGUUGAGUGCACUUCAUCAACAAUACAGGCAUUGGUUUUGUUCAAGAAAUUAUAUCCAGGGCACAGGAAGAAAGAGACUGAAAUUUUCAUCACAAAAGCUGCAGGGUACCUUGAAGACACACAAAAGCCUAAUGGUUCAUGGUACGGAAUUUGGGGAAUUUGCUUCAUAUAUGCAACCUGGUUUGCACUUGUAGGGUUAGAAGCUGCUGGCAAGACUUAUCAGAAUUGUCUAGCAAUGCGAAAAGGUGUGGAAUUUUUACUCAAAACACAAAACGAUGAUGGGGGUUGGGGAGAGAGCUAUCUUUCAUGCACAAACAAGGAAUAUACGCCUCUUGAAGGAAAUCGAUCAAAUUUGGUGCAGACUGCAAUGGCUUUGAUGGGCCUAAUUCAUGCUCAGCAGGCAGAGAGAGACCCUAGUCCUCUUCAUCGUGCAGCAAAGCUUUUGAUCAAUUCUCAAAUGGAGAAUGGUGAUUUCCCCCAACAGGAGCUUAUUGGAGCUUUUAUGAAGAAUGACAUGUUGCACUACGCGCUUUUCAGGAGUACCUUCCCGUUGUGGGCACUUGCAGAAUAUCGCAAUCAUGUUUCAUUGCCUAGCAAAUCUGUUUAAACUAUACAUUGUGGAUUAUAGAAUACAGCAAUUCUAUAUACCCAUUUCUCGCCUCACCUUCAUAUCAUUAGAUUGAUGUGGCACUGCCUAUCAGCUCUUCAAUUUUUUCCAUUUUUAAUAAAGACGGUUGAUGAAAACUGUCACUUCUACCCAA